AGGCCGUUGCCAGGCGCCCGGCAGAGGAAAGAUGCGGCCCCGGGAACAGCGGCCGCCACUCGGGAGCGUGCGACCCGCGGAGCCCAGCAGGAGGCGGAUCUACCUCCACACCCCCCCGGGGAGCUCCAGCCACUCGAAAUACCACCCUCGGCCUCGGAGGUGACAUACAGCUCAGCUGCGGUUCUGCAUCCUUGUUUUCCAGGUGGAGAAGUUGAGGUGAAGAAAGAAGGGUCAGAGAAAGACACAUUUAUUUGGGAAAAUGAGAGGACUGUCCACCCUAUUCUUUGAAAUGUAGAAGUGGAGAAUCCACAUGCAAUCCUGAACAAAUAAGCAAAACUUGGUUCACCUGAGUUAAAGGGGAGGAAGAAGAGUGACAAUGUCAAAUACUAAAUAAAAGGUGUAUCAAUGGCAGGAUAUCAGCUUUGGUCACCAUGGACCCCACUGGAUGAGAGUUUCCAGUGGCUGCGACAUACAACACCUACCCCUUCUUCCAAGCACCCCUUUAGGGCCUCUCACUGCUUUCCACACACUCCUUCAGACCUAGAAGUGCAGCUUUGCUUCCAAGAGGUCACCCUUGUCCUAGACAGCCCCUUUCUAGAACCCGGGGUGAGCCCCAAGUUGCCCUGUCACACAUCAGAGCUCCGAACGAUGAACAGUAAGAAAGGUCUCGUCAGGAAGCCUCAGCCUGUCCGCCUCAGUGGAGUGGACUCUGUCUUUGGCAGGAUCAUCACGGCUCAGCCCCCAAAGUGGACGGGGACAUUUCGAGUUUCAGACAAAUCAGCAUUUUGCAAAAUCAUCAGUCGGGAGCAUCAAUGGCCCACUGGACUAAAGGAGCCUCAAAUCCAAAUGACAGUGACUAUGUGUAAGCAGAUGCUACGGUCUAUCCUGUUACUGUAUGCAACUUACAAGAAGUGUACUUUUGCCUUGCAACACUCCAAGUAAAAUCCCUCCCUGGUUUGCAGUCAUACUCAUACCAUGUCCUUUAGUAAGUGUCUGGAGUUACAGAAACUCACGUAAAGGAAACUGCAACAUCAUUGGAGCUGUCUUACCUCUUCUGUCAAGACAAGACAAUGCAGGAGUCCCCCCCACCAAUAAGGGCCGGUGACACAGAGCAAGAGAGAACGUCUUUCACUUGUAAAAUUAAACCACUUUAAAAAUGAGUCAAACUAGCACAUGUACACGUGAUAAUGAAGAGCAUUAAACAAACAGUAUAUACCAAAGAG